UUAAGAAAGAAAAAGGAAAAAGAAAAGGAAGCAACAAUCAUUUAUGCAUAGGCCAAGAAGAAACUCCCCUUUCCUUACGUAAAUUCUCAUCAAAGCAACAACCACUCUCUCUGCCCAGAAAACCUUCUCUUUUCCCUCUCUCUCUAAAGCUCCAAAAACAUUGCUAAAGUGCCAAACGACCACUUCUACACACACUCAUAUAUUCCCUUAUUAAGAAACCUCUCUCCGAAGAGUUCAGAAUUCAAGAAAACAUGUCUGUAACCAUCUCUACGACAGCAGCUUCCCUUUCUUUUCUUCUUCUCACAAUAUUAUCCUUCCUUACAACACCAGCAUCUUCCUCACUCCAGUCCUUCAUUUUCGGAGGAUGUUCACAGCUCAAAUACACCUCCGGUUCUCCAUACGAGUCAAACGUUAACUCGCUACUCACUUCUUUAGUCAACUCAGCAACCUUAACUAACUACAACAACUUCACUAUCCAAAGUCCUUCGUCUUCCCAAGACACCCUUUACGGCCUCUUUCAAUGCCGGGGAGACCUCUCCAAUGGUGACUGUGCUCGUUGUGUCGCCGCUGCAGUGAGUCAACUCGGUACUCUUUGCCUUGACUCGUGCGGUGGCGCGUUGCAGCUUGAUGGGUGUUUUGUUAAGUACGAUAAUAUGAGUUUCUUAGGCGUUGAAGACAAGACUGUUGUGUUAAAGAAAUGUGGGCCGUCGAUUGGGUAUGACUCUAAUGCGUUGACUAGGCGUGACGCAAUUCUGGGUUACUUAGGAGCUAGUGAUGGGUCCUAUAAGCCGUAUAGAGUUGCUGGGUCCGGUGAUGUUUAUGGCGUGGCGCAGUGCGUACAGGAUUUGAGUGCGAGUGAGUGCCAGGAUUGCUUAUCCGACGCUGUUGAACGGCUUAAAACGGACUGUGGGCCAGCUGCUUCUGGUGAUAUGUACUUGGCUAAAUGCUACGUGCGAUUCUCUGAGCGUGGAGCUCACUCACACGGUGGAAAUGAUGACCACAAUGAUGAUGAGAUUGAGAAGACACUAGCAAUAUUAAUUGGGCUAAUUGCUGGGGUUGCAUUACUCAUUGUCUUCCUUUCUUUCUUGAGAAAAGUGUGUGAAAAAGGAAAAGGUGGUAAAUAAUAUAAACUUUAAGGCCAUAUCAGGAAUUCCAUAUCCACUCUCUCUAUAUGCUCUGGUAAUUUGCUUCACUUUUGUUAUGUGGUCUCAACUUUUUCUCUCUUUCUUGAAGUUUCUUUCAUAUCUCCCUCUAAAAAGAAUAACUGAAAGGGUAGAUAUAGAAAGAUGUUUAUUUGAAACAGGUUAUCUUGAAACAAGUGAAAAAGGAAGUUGCAAUAAGGUGAAAAAGGGUCCAAAGAUUCCACAUUCCUACACCCACUAAAGUCUUAUAACACAAUAUUAAUCUUUGUUGUUUCUAAUUAUUUGUAUAAAAUAGUGAACACUUUUGUGAAAGUGCUAUUUUGUGAUGCUUAGUUAGUGACAUUUUGCUGGGUGUUAGUAGAACACUAAAGUUUGAUUUUCCUGUAACUGUUAGGUUAUACCUCAGUACUUAUUAAAUUUCCUGUCAAAUUCCUUGUUCAAUUUACUCUACCUGUCUCUAAUCUCUCUGUGGAAUCAACUUUAUUUUUGCUGUCA